CGCGAGAAAAAGUCGAACAAAUUUAGCUGUAUUUUGACAAAGCUUUUGUUUUGAUUGCUCAUGUUGGGUGCUUCAGCUUGAGGCGUAUCGGUAUAUCCUGCGUGUCGAUCCCGUCGCGGCCGCAGUGAUUAGGGAAAACAAUCCGCAAAAUUUUCGCAAUAGCUUUUGAUCGGUCUCCGACGACCCCAAGCACACCAUGUAUCAGCCGCUGGAAACCAACAAGGGUGGCCUGCUCACCAAAUAUGUCCGGAUAUUGGCGGUGGUUGCUGCGUAUUGGGUCGUAUCCAUCCUGACGGUGUUCGUUAACAAAGCCCUCUUGAGUGGCCUGGAGCUGGACGCGCCUCUAUUCGUAACAUGGUUCCAGGUGUUGACCUCGACGAGCAUUUGCUUUGUGAUGAUGGCACUUAGCCGGAAAUACCCGGGCAUGUUCAAUGUACCGUCCGGAAAUCCACUGGACAGAGAGGUAAUGCGGAAAGUAUUACCGCUGUCGCUCUUGUUCACGGCGAUGAUUGCUACGAAUAAUCUCUGCUUGAAGUAUGUCGGAGUGGCGUUCUACUACGUGGGCCGUUCGUUGACUACGGUAUUCAACGUAGCUCUGACGUAUCUGCUGCUUGGGGAGAAGACCAGCGGCAAGGCAGUGCUGUGCUGUUUGCUGAUUGUGAUCGGAUUUUGGAUCGGAGUAGACCAGGAAAGCUUGACGGAAUCGUUUUCGCUCAUCGGGACGAUUUUUGGAGUGCUUGGGUCGUUGAGUCUGUCGCUGUACUCGAUCUACACCAAGCGCACUUUACAGUUUGUCAAUCAGAAAGUGUGGCUGCUAAGUUACUAUAACAACGUCUAUUCGGCGGUUAUUUUCAUUCCGUUGAUGCUGAUCAACGGGGAGUUCCAGGUCGUAAUGGAUUAUGAACACCUGGCCGAGCCAUGGUUCUGGGGAGUGAUGACCGUGGGAGGCAUCUGUGGAUUUGCCAUCGGAUUCGUGACGGCGCUGCAGAUUAAGGUGACAUCACCUCUGACGCACAACAUUUCCGGAACGGCCAAGGCUUGUGCGCAAACUGUGCUGGCCACCACCUGGUUUAGCGAGAUCAAAUCGUUCCUAUGGUGGACUUCCAAUGUCGUGGUUUUAGCCGGCAGUGCCCUCUACACUCGGGUGAAGCAGCUCGAAAUGGACAAACGUCAUCGGGAGCAAAUGAAUAGCCAAAAAGUUUAAAUGAAGCGAACAAAAUUCUAUAAUUCCUUACAGUUUAAGACUUAUAAUAUAUAUGAAUAACACAAAAAAAAUCAGUUCGAUUUUUAGUUCAACUAGAUAAUGAACGAACACUUUA